AUUACUUCUCCCUUUUUGACUCACGUGCAUUGAAAACAUGGCGGCGCCCAUGGCCGAAACACAAAUUGUUCCAGCUAAAAAAACGACUGUGCGAGCUCCACGGAGGGUGGCCAAUCAAAUUCCUGAUGAAAUUCUUCAAGACCUGGAGUUACAGGAGGCAAUCUGUGCUCUGCCUGGGAAUUACAACUUUGAAAUCCACAAGACUGUCUGGCGAAUAAGACAGGCCAAGUCUAAGAGAGUGGCCCUUCAGCUUCCCGAGGGCCUGCAGAUGUUUGCCUGUGUCAUCGCUGACAUCAUCGAGAGGUUCACGGAGGCUGACACGAUCGUGAUGGGGGACGUGACGUACGGGGCCUGCUGCGUGGACGACUUCACGGCCCGCGCCCUGGGGGCGGAUUUCAUGGUGCACUACGGCCACAGCUGCCUCGUCCCCAUCGACUCCACCGCCGGCAUUAAGAUGCUGUACGUCUUUGUGGACAUCCAGAUGGACAACGCACACUUUCUGGACACCGUCAAGUUCAACUUCCCCCGUGGACAAUCGCUGGCACUCGUUAGCACCAUCCAGUUUGUGGCUGCGCUGCAGGCGGUGAGUGCAGCUUUGGGUCUAGAGUAUGAGGUGUCGGUUCCCCAGUGUCGUCCCCUGUCCCCUGGAGAGGUCCUUGGCUGCACCUCGCCCCGCCUCAACCAGAAUACCAACGCCGUCAUUUACCUGGGAGAUGGCAGGUUCCACCUGGAGUCUAUCAUGAUUGCCAACCCAGAGAUACCUGCCUACAGGUAUGACCCAUACAGUAAGGUAUUCUCUAGGGAGUACUAUGACCAUGAAGCCAUGAGGUCCAUUCGGCUGCAGGCCAUCGAUAAGGCUCGCUCUGCCCAGAGAUGGGGCCUCAUACUGGGCACGCUGGGUCGGCAGGGCAAUCCCAAGGUCCUGGAGCACCUGGAAUCCAAGCUUGAGUCUCUUGGCAAGUCCUUUACUCGAGUGCUUCUCUCUGAGAUUUUUCCCAGCAAGUUGGAUCUAAUGGCAGAAGUAGAUGCGUGGGUCCAGGUGGCCUGCCCGCGUCUUUCCAUCGAUUGGGGCUCGGCCUUCUCCAAACCUCUGCUGUCUCCAUAUGAGGCAGCUGUGGCGCUCCAGCAGGUUGGCUGGCAGGAGGUGUACCCCAUGGACUUCUACUCCAAUCAGAGUCUGGGGCCGUGGACACCAAACCACCCCGACAACCAACCAGCUCGACCUGCCCGCAAGCAGACACAGAAGACUGGCUCCCAGCCAGCCCCUCCCACUGCUCCUCUGCAGCAGCCUAAACAGUGUGGACUGAACCAGUGCGCCCCUGGUGGCUGUCAGGGAGAAUGACAUGUUCAUCACAGUUGCUGGCUGCCAAGCGGCUCCCAUCAUAGCUAUCUGUUGGAGCCAGGCUGGGCUAGUGGGGAGUGUCAACACAGCAUCCACAGGAUGUCUUUCAAUCUGAGCUCUGUUUGACUCCUCACCACCCCCAGGGCAGCGCAGCACAUGAGAAACCCGACAUCAGGGUCUAUUCUAUUUCCAGUCAAGUGUUCCUGACAGAAUGGACGACACUGCACCUACCUUUUGUUACCUUUGGUGAGGUUGUAUUCGUUGAGCACAGAGACAGUGGAAAGGGAGGGAGGUGAAUGAGUCAGGAAUGUGUGUGAGUGGGCUCCCUGCCUUUUUAUGUUGAAAGAGAAAAUGCUAUAACCGGUUGAUCUGUGUGGGUAAUAUAACGAGAAAGGAAGACAGAAGGCUGACCCUGAGUUACUUGUACGAGAUGCCUGUGGAUGUGAGUGGCUUAAGUUAAAUACAAACCACUUAUCCCUGGAGCAAAAGGAUGGUGCCAACCCCUUUAAAGUGUUAACCUGCACACUCUGUUGAAAAGAUAAGGAAGAAACAGUGAAAGGGUUCGGCCUGUUUUCGUUUUAUUGUUUUAUACAAUGGCUCUCAAAAGUAUUCUCCCCCUUGGGCUUGGACCUUCCACAUGUUAUUGUUUUAUAACACAAAAUCAAAAUUGAUUUAAUUAUGAGUUUCUGACACUGACCAUCACAUCGAAAUGUAAAAAAUGUCAAAGUGAAAAAUAAAAUGUAGAAAUUGUUCACAUGCAAAACAGCAAAUCCUUGAUUGCAGAAGUAUUCACCCUUUAGUCAGUGUUUGUUAUAGGCAUCUUUGGCAGAAUUUACAGCCAUGAGUCUGCUUGUCUCUACUGCCUUUGCACAUCUGGACAAUGUUUUCCCAUUCUUUGCAAAAUCGUUCAAGCUCUGUCAAAUUGGAUUGGGGACCUUUUGGUGUAUUGCAAUUUUCAAUUCUUUCUACCUCUUGGGUUGAGUUGAAACCAAAUCCUGUCUUUCAUAGGACUGCUACAGAACAUUGACCCUCUGUGUAACUUUUGCUGUAUGUUUGGGGUCAUUGUCCUCAGCAGGUUUUCUUCCUGGAUUUCUCUGUACUUUGCUGCCUCUGUUUUACCCCUUCUAUGCCUGACACAGAGAAGAAUCCCUGUUUCAUGAUUCUGCCACCACCAUGCUUCACAGUACUGUUCUGUCUUUGUUGAAUUGUAUAAACCAACAUCACGAUGA